GUCAAUCUGUCAAGUCGUAAACAUGGCUGAUAUUGAAGCUCGGCGUGAAGCUCGACGAAAAAGAAUAUUAGAAAAUUCUCACAAUAGACUCCAACUAAUAUCAGGAAAAUGUAGUAACGAAGAUUUCAGUGUUGCUUCUAAAGAAUCGACUGAUGUGUCUCCAAUACCUCAUAAAUACGAAAGUGCGUUAUCUCCUUUAACGUCUGAUAGCGGUAUUUCUGAGUAUUCUAUUCAAAAUGGUGGUCUUGGAACGUCAACAGGAUCAUUUGAACCAUUAAUAUUGAGACAUGACGUCGCAUCUGGUGAUGAAGAUAUAGUUUCAGCAGUCGCAGACUGGAUUGCUCCCACUUCACAAAUUACUCCUGAAAACGUUCAACUACCAUUAUGGAAGUUAGUUGUUACGUACAAAUACGACAUAGUAUUACUUUCAUUAGUCAUACAAUUCAUACAUACACUGACUGCAUUUCCACUCGAAAAUUCUUAUUUUUUCGUCCCUCUAUUAAUAUACAGUAUCACGAAAUCACUAUGGUUACCGAAACAGAAUAAUUCAAGCAUUGCAAACUUGUUUCUGCUUUUGAAUGGUAUGUCAUCUAAUGGGAUGCACAAGAUUAUUAAUGUUUUAUUAUGGGCUGGUGCAUUCAGUCAAGAUGCCUGUAUUUUUCUUUUUACAACAAUUUGUAUACAAAUGCUUUACAAUUUAGUUAGAGACAAUUUUGUUACUUAGUGAUAACUUCAUUGUGCUGUGGCCAUUCUAAGGGCAUUAUACCGACUGAAGUUUCUUACAAUAGCUGGUUAGCAAAUACAAGAAUGUUCCAUAGUUUUGAUUGCUUGUGCCUUUAUAUAUAAGUGAGAAGAUUGACAUGUGUGCGUUUUAGUCACAUAUUGCCAUUUUAGUUUUUAACAAAUUGUGAGCCGUUUUGUACAUAUGUAGCUAUGAAUAAAACUAAGAUUACAAAUUAUACAUACACACCAGUUCUGUAUUUCACUUUAACUAUUCAACAAUGGUAUUCAUACCAAAUUUGACUUUAUAACAGAUCAUUUGCAUAUUAAUAUAUAAUUUUAACAAUUUAUUUAUGCAGGUUGAUGCAAUCAUAAUUUACUUCUCAAAGGACAUAAAAAUGGUACUUAACGUUU